AUGAAAACAGAGAGAAACGAUCAUAAGAAGAAGAAGAAGACAUCUGCUGACCACAAACAUUUGCCCGGUCGAUCCAAGAGAGCCUGUCAGGAACAAUUGCUGAAAUUGCUCAAGCACGGAGAGCAAAACCCCUAUCCUCUACUGGAAGAUGAUCCCGCGGAAUUCCGGGCUCUGAAGAAUAUGAAGAGAUGGAAGGAUUGGGAAGAUCAAAUCAUCAUCAGUAACUACAACGCGGGCAAGAGUUGGGGAGAAAUCAGCGAGCUACUGCUUUCCCGCACAGAAAAGGCGACAUUAGCGCGGUGGAAACAACUUCCGAAAUUCAAAUCCCCAAACCCACCGGAAAGUAAAUGGAGUCGAUGUGAAGAUCAGCUCCUGGGGUCUCUUCGCACCGCAGGAAAAGACUGGGCGGAAAUCGCUCAGCAGAUUCCAAACCACUCACGAUACGGUUGUAAGCAACGUUGGACCCAAGAUCUGCAUUAUCACUCGUCAAAGAAAUGGACGAAGCAAGAGAAGGAGACACUCAUGUCUCUGGUCAAGACGGUUGGGUAUCGUUGGUACGAAAUCGCCAAGUUCAUUCCUGGUCGAACGGGGGUUGCCUGCCGAUGUUGUUACGUGCGGUAUUGGGGUGAAGAAGACGGGGAAGGUGGGCCAUCGCCGGAGGAUUGGAUAGAUAUUUGGGACAACCCUCCGGAUCCUGAGGAGACCGAUGGGGAGACCGAGAUUGACUCUAUGGAACUGGAGUCCACUGCUCAUGAUGCGAAUCAAGACAUGGACUUUGAUGUCGGAGAGUCUGCCUCAGCUCCAGUCAACCCCGCGCCCACAGCCGAGAAAGAUCAGUAUAAGAGUUUCAAUGCAAAGAAGAAGCAAGCGAUCUAUGUCCCAGAGAUAUGA